UAUGGAGAUAUUUAAUGCCAGCAAGAUUGAACGAACGAUAUUAAUAUGAAAAGUUAUUAAAGGUUAUUAAAUUUACAAAGUAACAAGAGGAUGGACGGAUUUACUAGUAGAGUUCGAACGUUUGAUGCGUUUCCUAAAGUGGAUUCACAACAUACUGUACGAUCUCAAAGAGGAGGAUUUUCUACUUUAAUGACAAUCUUUGUUGGAUUGUUAAUUGUAUGGGUAGAAAUUGGAGGAUUCCUUGGAGGAUAUGUAGAUAGACAAUUUACAGUUGAUGAUGAAAUUAAAUCUAAUUUAUUUAUUAAUGUAGAUAUGUUGGUAGCAAUGCCAUGUGAAUUUCUUCAUACUAAUGUAUUAGAUUUAACAAGAGAUCGAUAUUUAGCAGGAGAAACUUUAAAUUUUGAAGGACUUAAUUUCUUUAUACCAGAAGGAUUUAAAAUUAAUAAUCCAAAUGAUGCUCAUGAUACUCCUGAAUUAGAUGAAAUUAUGAGAGAAUCUAUGAGAGCAGAAUUUAGAAUUGAAGGUGCUAGAAUUAAUGAAGGUGCACCUGCUUGUCAUAUAUUUGGAUCAAUUCCAGUUAAUCAAGUUAAAGGUGAUUUUCAUAUAACUGCAAAGGGUUAUGGAUAUAGAGAUAGAGCUCAUGUCCCAGUUGAAGCAUUAAAUUUUACUCAUUUAAUUCAAGAAUUUUCAUUUGGAGAAUUUUAUCCGUUUAUUAAUAAUCCUUUAGAUGCAACUGGUAAAACAACAGAAGAAAAUCUUCAAGCUUAUAAAUAUCAUACUAAAGUUGUACCAACUCUUUAUCAAAGAUUAGGAUUAAUAAUUGAUACUAAUCAAUAUGCAUUAACAGAAAGUCAACAUGUAUGUAAUAUUAAAGAUCCUAAUAAAUUGGAUAUUCCAGGAAUUUAUUUCCGUUAUGAUUUUGAACCAAUAAAAUUAAUAAUAAUUGAAAGAAGAUUACCAUUUAUACAAUUUGUUGCUAAAUUAGCAACUAUACUUGGUGGUUUAUUAAUUUUAGCUGGUUAUUUAUAUAGAUUGUAUGAUCGAUUACUUGGAAUUUUAUUUGGUAAGAAAUACGUUGAAAAAAAUACCGAACGUAAAUCUGGUGGACUUCUUGAUAAUGAUGUUAAAGAAUCAUUUCAGGAUAUAUAAAGUAAAGUUCGCGUGGGUUAUGUCAGUAGUCGCAUCAAUUUAAUAGUAUAUACUCAGUAGAUUGAUUUGAAUAAAAAAGUUGAGUCAAUAGAUAAGAACGUUUCUUUCCUGUAUGGUGAUAAUCCCCGGUGUAGGCA